AUGGUGAGUGCCAGGAGACUUGCUCAGCUGGCCAAGAAGUGGCAGAGGAUGGCGGUCCUCGGAAGGAAGAGGCUCACUUGGUCGUCGGCGGCAGCAUCCAGAGCCGAUGAAGCAUGCUGCACGACAUCGCCGGUAGCAGAUAAAGGGCACUGUGCCAUGUACACGGCCGAUGGGAGGCGGUUUGAGGUCCCGUUGGAGUAUCUCGGCACGACGGUCUUCGGCGAGCUGCUAAGGAUGUCCCAGGAAGAGUUUGGGUUCACAUGUGAUGGCAGGAUCACACUGCCCUUCGAUGCGGUGGUGAUGGACUAUGUCAUGUGCUUGCUUAGAAGAAAUGCAUCGGAAGAAGUAGAGAGGGCGUUCCUGAGCUCUGUAGUGAUGCCUUGCCAAUAUCCAAGCUGUACAGUGCCAAAUGUAGCGCUGCACCAGCAGCUUGCAGUUUGUAGCUCCUGA